UGCAAGCCCUCCCAGUGCGCCUGCCUGGGUCUGCCUUCACAAAGCCCUUGCUGGAGCCAAAAACCACAAGAGAAGGAACGUUGGGCGUUGGCCGGGGAGGGGAUCGGCGUGCGCUUCCCCUUUGCGCAUCAGACCCAUCGUCCACAGCAACAGGCCAACAGCUUCGGCAAAAGGAUCCUCACUUCUGCAUCUCCGAAACCAUGUCGUCAAGAUACACCGCCGGCCCCUCGGAGACUGAGCGCUGCAUCGAGUCUCUGCUCGCCGUCUUCCACAAAUACGCCAAGGGCGACAGGGAUGCAAACACCCUCUCCAAGGAGGAAUUCAAGAGGUUCAUGAACACAGAGUUGGCCUCCCUGACAAAAAAAGACCCGGCCAUCGUGGACCGCAUAGGGAAGAAAAUCGACAUGAACAACGAUGGGAAUAUCGAUUUUGAAGAGUUCUUGAACCUGGUCGGGGGGAUCGCCAGCGCCUGCCACUCCCACGUCGCAGCCUCCGGCAAGCCCUAGGGACCGUCGCCAGGCGUUCGAAACAAACAUUCCAACAUUUCCAAAUAAAAGACGUCUAGUUUCCAUGAAAAA